CAAGAUGACGCCAUACGCCCCAUACACUGGUGUCAGAAGGAAGUUUCGGCAAUCAGCAGAGACCUAGACAGCUUGGUUAUUGAAACUGAGACAACGCAUCUGAAGACAGGCUUGCUAGCAGGUGGCACUGACAAAAGCGGUAUUGUUAUUUUCACGUAAACUAGUGGCCACCAACGUGUGUCUAGUUUCGUGACACUUAAGCCAGAGCGUCGCAUGCGACCUGCAGACAGAGCAGCCUAACGUUAAACUACCAGCAUAAAGUAGCUAGGAUAGCUGUCUAGCUAAACUCGAACGAAUUCAUUUUUAGUAUGGGUUCCAGAGCGUCGUCAUUACUUAGAGAGGAGGACAUCGAAGAAAUCAAAAAGGAGACUGGAUUUUCCCACAGUCAGAUCACACGUCUCUACAGCCGAUUCCACAGCCUAGAUAAAGGAGAGAAUGGAGCACUCAGCCGAGAAGACUUCCAAAGGAUUCCAGAGUUGGCGAUCAAUCCUCUAGGAGACCGCAUAAUCAAUGCCUUCUUUCCAGAGGGCGAGGACCAGGUGAACUUCCGCGGGUUCAUGCGGACGCUGGCUCACUUCCGGCCCGUGGAGGACAAUGAGAAGAACAAGCACCUGGACGCUUCAGAACCCCUCAACAGCAGGAGCAACAAGCUGCUCUUUGCUUUCCGGUUGUACGAUUUGGACAGGGAUGACAAAAUCUCUAGAGAUGAGCUCCUACAGGUCCUAAGAAUGAUGGUGGGCGUAAACAUCUCAGACGAACAGUUGGGCAGCAUCGCUGACAGAACCAUUCAGGAAGCUGACACCAACGGGGACAUGUGCAUUUCCUUCAGCGAGUUUAUCAAGGUGUUGGAGAAGGUGGAUGUGGAACAGAAGAUGAGCAUCCGAUUCUUGCACUAAUAGAUGGCGCCGUUGACUGGAUUGAAUCUCAGCCACGCCAGUUGAAAAGCAAGACCCAACUCCCCUUCCCACCCCUUCAUCUCAACAUGCCAGGCCACUUAGGCCCUGCAGCACAUGCUUGCUGAGUGUCUGGUAGCUAGCCUUGUUCUCAGUUCAGCAUUUGCAACGUCAGACUCUCUGCCUUGCACUGCUGUGUGUGAUACAAAGGGAAUACUUGCGUGCCUUGGAAUUUUGUUUCUGACCAUCACCAUGGUUAUCCCUUGCCUAACCUUCCACUCCGUGUGAACCCUUAUUUAUUGUAGAUCUCCCAGUCAGGCAUUGGUAAUUAUGUUAGUGGUCCUAGUAGCAGUGGAAAGUUACCAUACACAGAUUCAGUUUUAGUGGAACAAAAAUACCUAAUAAGGCUUUAUGUGUAUCAUCGUUGUGGCAGAUGUUGUGCAGGCAGAAUGUUGUCUUGUCAUUUAAGGCCAAACGUAUCCAGCUAGUGGGAAUGAGUUAUUUAUUAACACAGUCAGGGAACAGCAUUACUUUUGCAGAGCUGUUUUAUGUCCCAGUCAGAUCUGACUUGUGAGUUAUCACUCCAGAUGCCAUUCAUUGAGGGCUACAUGCGAUAUGUCUUUUGUUUUGUUUUUUUGCCACUGCUGUUACCAUUUUGUCAUUUUUUUCUUCUUCUUUACAAUUGUACACACUGAAAGGCUGGUCUAACUUUGUCUCCCUUUCCGGCAAGCGACUUGGAAGAGAAGGCUCAGAUAGCAUGAAAACAGUAGAAGUUUCAGUUAGUUUCCUCAUUCUUGCACUGUGGCUGGCGUCAUUGUCAGGAUUUAUAUGAAUCUACAGUAACCCCACCCCACCCCCCAGUGUUCUCUCAUCUUAGCAUUCCAGGGACUCUUGUUCUGUGGUCUGUAGAUCUUUAAUUAAGGGCCCAUCAGUUUGAAACACAAAUGCCAUGGUCCAACUUCAAUUCUGAGUCCCAGAUUUAUGUAUUACUUUGUUUUGGUCCAAUGAAGUGCCAUGCUAUCACUCUCCACGCCUUCCUUGAUCACAUGGUUUCACUAGAAACCAAAUGGCUGUGGUUGUCAAGUUCCUUUAAGCAGGUUUGCUUCACUGCCAGUCGCUUUGACUCACCACAGAGUAUAUCCAACUGCACUGUAGGUAAAGUGGUUUGACCUUGACCAGGUGACGACAGAGCACAGAAAUCAAGGUCAGUACCACUUUGUCCCAGAGAACUGACUAUAUUAUCUGUUAGCAGUAGAUGACAAUUCUAGAUUACAUUUUCAGUCAAGAUCAAUUACCUUGUUUGUUUGUUUUAUAUAUAUAUAGAUAUAUUAUAUAUAAUUACAGUAGUUAGGGAAAGACUAGAUCAAGGUACUUUAACAAGGGGCUGUGACAACGUUUGAGUUGCUGGAAGUUGUCCUCAGUGUAUUGUGGAUGAGGGCAAAUGUAUCUUUUGAAGCUACAUUUAUGAAUUGAGUCGUCCUCUUUUAAGAGAUCACCGGCACAGAUUUUAAAUUAUCAGCGGCACUGCAUUGAUGCUAAAAGGUUUUGAAAAGUCUUUUAAAUUAGUUUUAUUAAAAAUGUGAUUUAUCAAUCAUACAUGAAUGGAAAAAUGUAAAGAAAUCUAUAACUCUUAAAUGAGGAUAUCAUUGAUGAUGGUGUAAGGUUUUUAAUUAAAAUAAAAUACAAGUGCCAUACUUGUUUGGAGUGUCAUGUCA